AUGCGGCUCUCAUGGCUGCUCGCACUUCCAGCUGUAUUGUCGACGGCUUCGGCACUCGCCAUACAGAGGCGGGAUGCGGACUUCUACAGUGUCCGGACGCAUGUCCACAAGGACAUGAGUGGAAAGAAGGGUGAUCCGACGGAUAAAUAUUUUCAUGAAAGCAUAUUCCAUCCGCAUUACGAUGGCCGAUUCGCGGACCAUCAAUUAGGUUAUCAAGAACGAAAACAAGCUCUGUCGAACCUCAUCCAAACAUAUAUAGCAACAUUCGCGGAUAUCGGGGUGGAGACAUGGCUGAUGCACGGAACGCUGUUGGGUUGGUGGUGGAAUCGAAAGAUUCUCCCAUGGGACUCUGAUCUCGAUGUGCAAGUUACCGAAGCUUCGAUGCACUACCUCGCAUCGUACUACAACAUGUCGGUGUUCCACUACAAGACCCCGCGAAUUCCGGAAGGGAGGGAUUACAUGUUGGAAGUCAAUCCGCAUUAUGUGAAUAGGGAACAAUCGGAUAAUUUGAAUGUGAUUGAUGCGAGAUGGGUGGAUACUACGAGUGGACUGUUUAUUGAUAUCACGACUGCACGAUACAACCUUACACAUCCGGCAGGAAAGGGAAUGUUGAGCUGCAAAGACGGGCAUGAAUACAGAGACUCGUACAUCUUUCCGCUGCGAGAUACAUAUUUCGAAGGCACGCCAGCAAAAAUUCCAUUUGCAUACAAGGAAGUUUUGGAAGCAGAAUACAAACAAAGGGCACUGACAAACACCAAUUUCGAAGGCCACCAUUUUGAUGACCAGAAAUACGAGUGGCUUCCAGUACCCGAAAAGGAGAAGGGACAGCUGAAGUCACAGGAGCCGAAACGAGAGCAGCCCAAGAAAGAAGUGAAGAAAGAUGAACCCGCCAAAAAAGCAGCACCACCAGUCGUCCAAGCCCAGCAGCAGACCAAAAACGAAGUAAAACCGCCUACACAACAAGUUGUUCCCUCCCCCAAGAAAGACGAUUCAGCUUCACCAGCUACCCAGAAACCGGCCGACUCAUCUCCAGAGAAACCCGAGGUCUCGAAACGAGCUGCGCCGCCGCAACAACCUGCUUCUCAGCGAGCUGCGGAGGAGAAGCUGUCUAAGAAAGAGCAGAAGAGGGAAGAUGUGAGGAGAAAGACAGAGGAGAAGAGGAAGACUUUGGAAUUGAAGGCGAUCGCUAAGGAGGAAAAGAGGCUUGCAAGUCAGAAAAAGGCGGAUGAGAAGAGAGCUGCUGAUGAGGGCAAAGCUGCUUGAUGAACUUGCUGAACUUGCUGACCGUUGAGACGGUUAACUUACGUGAGGCGAGGAUACUCGAGCUGGGGUGUGCUUGGCUUCGCUCUCUAGUCAGUCGAGGCUGUUGGCCUGGGACAUUUGCUGGUCACUUCCACCGGAACCGAUAUCAGGCCAUUUAUAUUUGCCAUAUGUAUUGAGGUCCAGCAUACUAGGGGAGAUCUACUGAAAUCUUAGUCUGGAUAUGGGGAACAUCUAUGACAGUGACGAGUCCGGAGGAGGGCCUGAAAGGAAGAAAGCAAGGAUUGGAUAACGAAAUGGCGAAAUUUGGAAAGGUGUUGGAUAUACCCAGAAUGGAAUCAUAUUUUGGAUGGCGCCACGAGAUGAUAUGAUUAUUGACAAUACGGAAGUUCUCCAUGAUUUUGAGUCUAUGUACGACCUUCCCUACUUCUGCUGUGGAUAUAGUGUGUGCUUUACGACGAGCAAGAGUCCUCCUGGUCUGAACGGUAGAUGUGCAGAAAGACAGAUUGAGUUGCCUUCCCACUCAGUCUUGGUCAAAUAUUUCACUUAUUUCAAACAAGGAAGGUUUUCUCAAAAUUCAAUGGGACUUCAUUGGGUUAACGUCCUCCCUCCUCCCUCCUCCCUCCUUCCCUUUCCUCCCUUUCUUCAUCACCACCUCACUCAACUCAACUUAACUCAACUCAACCCAACUCAACCCAACACUACCCAGCAAAAUCAAUCGCCGUAGCAGUCUGCCCCUUCGCCUUAACAUCCAACGCCACAUUCGUCGCCAACUUCUUCUCCUGGGUGGCAAUCUGCUCCUCCAGCCCCUCCUUCCCCUGCGCCUGCUGAAUCUGCAACCUCAACACAUCCGUCUGCAGCUUCAGCACCUUAUUCUUGAUCUUGCCCACCUGGAGCGCCUUGCCCGCGGUGGUGCCCUGUCCUCCGGCAGCGGCGAUCGCGUCGUUGAAGCCGCCGGGCGCCACUUCCGCUUGCUCGGAGAUCUUGGCUGCGUUGGAGAUUAUGGUUAGGUCUGAGGCGGAGACGGUGCUGAGGUCGCUGGGGAGAGGGAAGUUGGCGUUUACUUCUGCGAGGGCGGAGCCCGCGACGCCGGAGGAGACGGAGAAUGUGUUGUAGGGUUGGGCGGUGAGGGCGCGCUUUAUGCUGUGGGCUGGGGCUGGGGCUGGGGUUGGGGCGGAGAGGGUGGUUGCCGUGAGGGCGAAGAGGAGGGUGAGGGUUGGGAAGUGCAUGGUGGUUGUGUGGGUGGUGGGUUUAGAGAGAGUGAUUGUUUAGCUUCGAGGAAGUGGGUAAAUUGAAGUUGAGGUAGAGAAUGAAGAUGGACAACAGCACAGCUGGGAAGAAUAGAAUGAAGUAAACAGAUCAACCGAAAAGAGCGAAUGAAUCAAAACACAAGACGAAUGUAAUACCUUCCCAAGAAAGGAAAAGGGAAGGGCAGGGCAGGCGAUCUCCCACCUCUUAUACCCAACCAUCUCCAUGGGCUCAUCCGAUCAUAAAAGUUUACCUACCUACCAAACUUACAGUACCAUCCUCGAUCUCCUCCGCUCCUUUCAUCUCAAUCUCAUCUCAAUCUCAUCUCAAUCUCAUCUCAAUCUCAUCUCAAUCUCAACUCAAAAGAUCCACCUCCGACCCUCUCGAGGCAGGUAUAACCAUAACUUUACCGGAAACACAACCAAUCGCAUUACUUUUCCCAGCGGGAAACUAUGGGGUGACCCAGAUACGAAGUUCCAUUUUGCGAUACGAAGUUCCAGUUUGCGAGAUGAGGAAGGUAGAUGUGCUUUGCUGGGUCCGCGGGGAGGUGCGUGUGUGAAUAUUUCGGACGGUUUGGAGACAGGAGGUGUGUGAGCUGCGGGCGAUCAGAUGGCAUGCGACGUUUGAGCUGCGCUA